AUGAAACUAUUUCCACAAUUAACUCUGCUUUUUGUAUGGCUAUGCUCAGUUAUCGCUACCAACUCCGGUGAUGCCCUUUUUCGAGGUUGUAGUGCGUGGGUUGCCAAAUACAAGUUUGAAUGUCCAAGUAAAUACGCCAAAGCUAAAGGAGGUCGUGUCACUGCUUGCAACUGCUGGAGUCCUGAGUUCAUUGCCACAUAUGUUGAUUGUGCAACUAGAGCCAAAGGUGCUAAUACAAAGUAUGGUCUUCAAAGUCUUCUCGGUGCUUGUGGCACCAAAACUAUUCGGCCAGACCUUACUCUCGACGAAAUCAACCAGAUUUACCAGAAUGCAACAGACUACUUUGUUGACGUCAAAUCUAUUAAAAAUAAAACUGAGACUUCUUACUAUCCUAUCAAAUUUACUCAAGCCCAGGUCGACCAAGCCCAACGCUCUUUUGCGGCCGGGUUCUAUGCCAAAUACACUGGCCAGCUUUAUGGUGGUCUACUUCUAGCUUAUUUUGGUGCUAUUUUACUAGCGGCUUCCAUUUCAAAUCUUUUAAAAAAGGUUGCCCCUGGAUUUGUCCACAAGUCCACCAACAACAAAGUCGCACUUUUUUUCCGACGCAAGCUCAUCAACCCCGCUUUGUUUGGUAACAAGCACAGCGUCCCUGUCAAAUGGGGCCCCUUCAAUAUGUCGCUGCCCACCCGUGCUCAGUUUUGGGUUCUUGCUGUCUACUUUGGCAUGUACAUCAUCUUCAUCUUCAUCAAGUAUGACAUUUACGACGGUAACACGCGCUUUGCUACCCGCGCUCUCCAAAUCAGCCGUUAUGUAGGUGAUCGUGCUGCCAUCAUGGCAUUGGCCCAGCUCCCCCUCGUCUUCACAUUUGCUGGCCGCAACAAUAUUUUAAUUUUCAUUACUGGUCUUUCCUACGAUACCAUGAACCUUUACCAUCGCUGGGUGUCACGCGUCAUGUAUAUGAAUAUCUUUAUUCAUGCUGUUUGCUUUUCUAUCAAUUAUCGCAAGCAAGGAAAAUAUUUCAGCGAACUCUCAGAAUCUGAUAUUGUUUGGGGUAUUUCUGCUUGUGUUUGCGGUGGAUUUACUAUGUUUUUUUCUCUCCGCCAUUUCCGUGAAAAAAUUUACGAAAUAUUCCUCCUUUCCCAUUGGGCUUUUGUAAUUUUUUUUACAGUUGGAGCCUGGUAUCAUGUCAAAUCCCAUGGUUACAUGGAAUGGAUCUAUACUGCUAUUGCUAUCUGGGCUUUUGACCGUUUAGGACGUUUGGUUCGCAUUGCUGUCAACGGUGUAAAUGCCAAGGCCCACCUCGAACUUCACCCUCAACACCUCAUCAAAAUUAAGGUCGAUUACAACAGUUUCUGGAACCCUCAUGCUGGUGCUUAUGCAUUCAUUCACUUCCUCAACCCUCUUUGGAGAAGCUGGGAAAACCAUCCUUUUACAAUGUAUCCUUCCCCUACUCCUGGCGAGGAAAAGAAGCUUGUAUUUUGCGCCAGAGUUCGCAACGGUAAAACAAAACAACUUCAAAACUACCUUGCUGCUAACAGUAACGCCAAAACUGUCCCCGUUUUUAUCGAUGGCCCCUAUGGUAAUACAGCCCCCUUACAGACAUCUGAUACUAUUGUCAUUAUCACUGGUGGAAUUGGUUUCACUGGUGGCUACUCAUAUGCAUGCAAGUUGACGCACCAAGCAGAGAAGAAAAACAUUACCUUUAUCUGGGCCAUCCAAAACCAUGAAAAUGUUGAAACUUUUAGAGAUGAGCUUGAAUAUCUCUACAAAAAUGAUGUUAAUGUUUUCAUUUACCUCUCCAAUGAGCCUAAUGGUCUUCAGCGCAAAAUCACCGUUGAGAAACACAAUUCAGACCCCGAAAACCUUAAUGAAAAAGAUUUUUCUUCCGGAUCUACAAUUAGUUUUAACACCAUGUUUGCCCGACCUGAUCUUAAGGUUAUCAUUGAGUCAGCUAUUACUGAAGCCCCGGGAAGUAUUGGUUUCCUAGUAUGUGGCCCUGGAUCUAUGAAUGAUGAUGUUCGCCGCAACGUUUCAAAUAAUAUGGGCAGGGGUAAAGGCCGUGUUGACCUUUACAUUGAAGCCUUUAACUGGUAA